CACUUUUGGAUCUCUGUCAAAUCCAGCUUCUUCUCCUCAAUGAUCCGUUUUGACUUUGAAGACCAGCAUGGAUACCACAUCCUCUCUGAUGAGCAGGCAACACUCUGUGGUUACACCGUCCUAAUCAAUGAUGUUGGAGACCUCGUGUUUCGUGCCUCUUUCCAGGCCUGCCAUGUCCACACUCAAAUGGGCUCCGACUAUCACCUGCGUGUCUGGUUUGUGAACCUCCAGGCAGAAGGGAAGGUGGAACUGUUUCCCUUCCAGCUCCACUGCUCUCUCCAAGGCCAGUGGAGUACCAGAGAAUUCAUCUGUGAAGAAAACUAUAUGGAGGUGUCCAUCAAGCUACCUACCUUGACUAUAAAAUCCAAAAAUAAUAAAACGGCAGAAAUAGCUGUGAUGUUUCAUAGGGAGAAACAGCCACCAGAAGGAGCCAUGGUGAUGUCUCUGACAGAGGCGGCUGCUCUUAGCUACCACAUCUCAAUACGUGGCUCACAUUUAAUCCUCCGCUGUCCCUAUUCCUCUGCUCUCUCGUACAUCAUGAAGGUACACAGGAACAGCAAUGUUUACUCUGGAUUAGAUGGGCAUCCUUUAUUUAUUUAUAGUUUUGCCUAUUGUGUUUUUGUUUUCUCGCGGUCUUUCUGUUUUUUUCAGGACAGUGGAGUGGAUUUGGAGAUUGUCAGUGCAAUUACCCUGCACCAACACCAAAGCAACUUCUUUGCUGUUGACGCCACUGUUGCUUGUACCCUGGAUGAGGCGACAGCAGAUGGGUCUGAAUUGCUGUGGACUGUCCCUUUUAUUCCGUCUCCUCUCGUUCGUGGGCAGUUCAGGAGCAGAGGUGUAAGGGUCGGAAUUAGCGGUGAAGCGCUGAGUGAAUCUGACAUGAAAGAGAAACAAUACAAGAUCAACCUGCAGCAGAGGCAAGUGGAAGUCAGGAUUCCUGUAGGAGCCCCUGAUGGACACAUUAAGAGUGGUGUUGUGAAAGGACAGUACAGUCAGUCCAUCUCUGUGGAUCUAUUCUUCAUGAGUCAGUGGGAGGAUGAGCACUGGCCUCUGUCACAGCAUCGCUCCCUCAGGCUCCUUAGGACUCCUCUCAUCCCUCAAACGCCUGUCUUGACCAGAGACAGAGUUGCAACAGAGGGAACAUUUUCUGUGACUUUUGGCCCUUUUGCCCCCGAUGUUGUCCUCCAGACGGUGACAGUAGACAGUGGUGGUGACCUUUUAACUUGGAGCCAAAGUCAACAAACACAGAGAGACGUAGAUCUAGCGGUGUCCGUGCUCUACCACAUUAAUGGGAGCUACUUCCAUGUCAGUUUCCUCUUGUCACACCCAAAAAUAAUCCCUGAGUAUAUAGGUGGUGGCUAUAGGACGUACAGCUUCACUUUCAUCUUUACUCUUAACAUCUUACCUAAUAGAGAAGUGUUUUACCAUCACACCACCAUAGAGCAUAGUGUUGAGUACACAGGUUCAGGUUCCCCCAGACUGGAGGGGAAAUGCACAGCCAACAGCCUGCUGGUGCUGCUGCACCACAGGGCCCAGGAUGAGCUGCAGUGGGAGCUCUUUCUCGGAGCUCGCAAGCUAGACUGGUACCUGGUGGAGAUGGGUGGGUUCAUGGUUGAGGCAGAAGAGGACUACUUAACUGUGGAGAUUCCGAUGUACAGCCCUGGGUUAAAUUAUGAGGAGUUGACAUUGUCGGGUUUUGUGGCUGGAGUGAAAGUGUUCGUUGUGGAUGCCGAGUCUCUGAAAGUGCAGGACAGUCUUGUCCAUAACUGCACUUUUCCUGUCAGAGAACUAUUAGUAUGUUUGCCAGAAGGGAGAAUAGUGGCAGUGGUCGACACCACCCACACCAUUCCGCCCACUCACCCCAACCGAACCACUCUUUUGGACCCCAACUGUGUUCCCAUGGAGACGGACAGUGCCAGAGCUCUAUUCAACUUCAGCGUGGACUCCUGUGGGACAAUUGUCACUACAGAGGGAAAUGUCUUGGUGUAUGAAAACCAAAUCAGUUACAACCAAGAUUUUCUGCCCUUGGAUGAUCCACUUAUACAUAGGGAUUCUCCGUACAAAUUAACAAUCCAGUGUCUCUACCCUGCAAACGAUAGCAGUACUCUUACAAUCCAGUAUCCUUUUGUUGUCUUGGUCAGCAAGUGUAGUUUGUUAGCAGUUGUGCUAACUUUAGACACUGCCAACACACGAGGGAUUAUGGCUCUUGGCUUUUGCUUUGGAUUGGCUUUGCUCCUCGUUGUGUGGUCAUGUGUGAAAUGUGAUCAGAUUCCCGAAGGAGUUUAUCGUAUGGAGUGUCAUGAUCGCCAUUUCAUGAUAGCUGUUGAUCUCUCCUUCACUGGAGAGGAACCUAGCUUUGAGGCUGUUGAUGGAACAGGCGUGUAUCCCAUCACAGAGCAGUAUGCAGCCGAGUGUGGCUACACUGCCCGUGUUCUCCCUCUACAAGGCCGUGUGGAACUCCGAGCCUCUUACUUCAGCUGUCACACUGACAACAAAGAUGAAUUCUUCACUUUCAACUUCAACCUGCUUUUAGUACGUGAUGGAGAGGUGGUCACCUAUACCGUCAGCAAGACCUGUUCACUCUCUCUGCCCUGGUCUCCCAGAGAGAUGACAUGUGAAGUCAACUACAUGGAAGUAUCUGUGAGGAGUGAAGUCACAUGUCCAUCUGCAACAACGAAAGACUCGAAAGCUUCUCUAAAACCUGCAUAUGCUGCAUCUGCCUCAGACUGGCAGGUAAGGUUUCAGAGAGAGGAGCAGUUGAUUCCCAUGAACCUUUCGGAAGCUCGUAAGCAGGGCUACGUGUUUUCCCUGACAGAAGGAAGGCUUGUAUUUCGUACACCGUACGGACAACCGGACUCAUUUAGCAAGGAGGUGAAUGGUGUUCCUGUAGAGGUGGUCCAUGCAGCUGUGUUCUCCAGACAAAGCUGGGUUGUCCUCGUGGUUGACCUUGUAGCUGCCUGCUCCAUGUAUGAAGAAGCAUAUGACGGUGGAUACAUAGUAUGGAAAACCCCUGAGCUGUUGCACCCAUUGGUGUCAGAUAUACGUGACACACAGGUCAACAUUGGUGUCAAUGGUGAACUUGUUGAGCAGCCAGUGGCAGAGGAGCGAGGCUACGUUAUUGAGAAGCACAAUGCUACAGUUGAGAUCCACAUCCCUUAUAAUGCUGAAGGAGGACACAAGAAUAGCCUUGUGAUUGGCGACCUGUACGAGUACUACAUCUUUGAACUUUAUCUGGAGCAAAUCUCAGUGGAUGAGGAUCACGUUGACACCAGGCUACGCUUUCACAGGACACUUGCCACUCCUCUGCUUCCACAUCCUGUUUUUACUGAGAACCGAACAAUUCAUGAUGAACAUGUGUUCACCAUCUACCUGGGAGAUGUCCCCGAGGAUGUUGCGCUGACUGCUGUGGCGUUGAAUGGACACACAUUCACAGCUCCGUUUACAAAUGCAAGCGGCUACAACAUCGCUAAAGUUGUUCACCCCAACAACACCCAUGGCUACACUCUGACAGUGCCCUUCGAUAACCCUGUUGUCGUACAGCAGUUCUCCAAAGAAAAUGCAGCUAUGAAGCACGUGCUGGUCGUCAACUACACACUGACGGUUCUGCCUGAUAAUGGGCCUUACUACCACCAGACGUCGGUCGUGGCACUAACUAAUGCCUCUCCUCCAGAGUUUGAGGCCGUCUGCUCAGAGUUUGGCAUCAGCUUCAAACUGGACCAUCGGCCUUAUGACUACCUGUGGUACAUUGGUAUCGGUUCAGACCGGCUGACACCACAGCUGGCAGCUCAGCACAACUACAGCAUGAGCAAUGACAGCCAGAGUUUAUUGCUCAGUGUACCACUCUACACUCAUGGAUAUGAAUACAAGGACAUUUCUUUGAAGGGAUUCCUUGGCACGUUUGAGAUCCUUGUAAGGGAUCAUGAAACAUCAGAGGUCCAGAGAUCAACCAUCAAGACUUGUCCUUUCACUCCUACAGAGUUCAUCAUGUGUUCGACUGACGGUAGGAUGACUGUCAUGGCUGAUUUAUCUUCGUCCAUACCACGUGGUGAGAUCCCUGCCAGAAGCAACCUGGUCAACAAAUACUGUGGCCCCAAAGAAGUAGAUGACACCAGGGCUCUCUUCACAUUCCCACUCAACAGCUGUGGAUCCACAGUCAAACUUGGCAAGGACUCUGUGACCUAUGAAAAUGAGAUCUUCUUCAGCAAGAAGUUUCAAUCGGAUUCCAGCAAUGUUGUAGCAGGGGUCAAACUGCAGUGUACAUAUCUUCUGUCUGGGCUCCAUCGGCUCUUCUCGGUGUACAAGUUUGAGUCUGACACAGUUGGCCUUGGACACGUUGUACAUUCUGCACACUCAACUGAAGUAGAGCUACAGGAACCCAUGGCGUUCACUGCAGUGCUUCAAACAACGCUGCCUCCUACCAGACGACAGACAAGACUUGCCUUAGGAAAACCUGCUUACCGUCCUAAUCUGUACAAAGUCUUCAAAUUUUUGAAGUUGGCAAAAGGAGCCAGAGGACCAACACAAACCUAGUGCGUUUUGGUUGAAUGAUUUCUUUUAUGAAUAAAAUAUAUCCUUAAAUGCUG